AGCGGCGCGCCGCAGGUUGCAGAAAAAAGCAGCGCGGAGCGCACCAAGAAAGCCACCCCGGCCGAGGCAAAAAGGCUUGUGGAAAACUGAGCGCGCCGUUCAGGUCAAGCCGUUCCCGGUCGACAGGCGUGGGCAAUGGACGACCGGGCUCAAGACCUGGGCCGCUUUAAUUCACUGCGGUGCCAAUCACUACCGACGCCGCCACGGACUUCCUGAAUUCAAAUUGUCCAAGACGGACGCCUUAACGCCCGCAGACAUCUCGCGCGUGCAGCAGAACGACUGGCUCGAUUUUUCUGAGCUCGAGUCGAAAGCUGUCGGCAAUGUUUACGGCGUGGAGUAACCUCGUAGGCAUGGGCCCAAGGGGCCACCGCACUCCCUGGACUCAUCUAACUUGACUACAACGCUUGGGGCUUUCUUUAACUCAAAUCCCGGGUGUAUCUGACUCUCCUCGGGGUCUCUCGUUAUAUAUCUAGCGCUAGGAGUCUAACGACCGCGCAGCCUUUGACUUGUGGGCUUCAUGUAGUUAGGCUGUAGCUUCUUGAGGCUUCUUGUUAUGCACUGGCUUAGUCUUAGGCUGUGGCUUCUUUCGGCUUCUUGUUGUGCACUGGCUUCGUCUCCUCUUUAUCGCUAACCAUUGUGGUGCUCGCAUGCUGGUGCAUUUGAAGGAAAUACGGGCCAAGAGAUUGUCCGACACAUUGCAGAGGGGCCGGCGUCUAGAUCGGAAACGGAUCUCGUCAAGUUCAAGCAUAGCCUCUUCCUCACACGUUUCGAGGAUGAAGAGUACGAGAGCGGUGCCGUCCGUGCAAAGGUGUGGGAAAUCUCACGCAAAGCGUUUGCGCGGUCGACAAACUUCCGACGUGCCACAUUUCCCGUGCGAAUUUGUGGCAAACCGAAGCGAAACCUGCGGGCGGCGCUGCAGGUCUUGCGGCGCUUAA